AUCCGAUAUUCCAAUGUUGCGCUUUCCGUUGUUCGUUACGGACGGAACCGCUGGUUACAAAUUUUCCAUUAACCGAGAAGCUUCUUUCUCCAACCGACGUACCCCCGCCGGAGUGACGAAUGUAGCUCUUAAGCCCCCUCCAGUGUCCACGCACACACCUUCGCACCUCUCCCACAUCUCAAUCAACAACAAUGACGACCUUCCAGCGCCUAAUCCGUUUCCUUUCGACUGACGGGCAGAUCUACAACGGCGAAGCCCUGCUCUCCCGCGGCAUCAGCGAUCUGAGCAAAGCUACGCGUGCUAAGAUCAUCACCGGUGAUAUCUUUGGCGCCCAUGAAGUCACCGAUCGCAUCGUGAGCGUCGAAUACCUGCUCACGCCGCUGCCCGUCGAGAAGGUCCGCACCGUAAGGUGCUUGGGAUUGAACUACGCGAACCAUGCGAAGGAGAGCGGAAUGGCACUGCCGAAGUCGCCGGUUUUGUUUUACAAACCCGCGACUUCCCUCGCCUCGCCGAACGCAGAUAUCUCCAUCCCUCGCGUAGCGCAAUCUCCCGGACUGGACUAUGAAGUCGAGCUGGUGAUCGUCAUCGGCAAGGCGUGCCGUGAUGUUCCGGAGAAAGAUGCGUACAAGUACAUCCUUGGGUACAGUGUUGGCAACGACAUGUCGCAUCGGCCUCUGCAGCUCGGACCAGGACAGUGGUCGCUCGGAAAGGGAUUCGAUACGUGGGCGCCUUUUGGCCCCGGUAUCAUUAGCACCUCGGUUAUCAAGGACCCGCAGUCGCUGAAGAUUGCGACGAGGGUCAAUGGUGAGACCAGGCAGAACAGCUCUACCGCGGAUCAGAUCUUCAAGGUCGCAGAGACUGUGGCGAAGUUGAGUGCGGGGACUACGUUGUUGCCUGGUGAUAUUAUUUUCACUGGUACGCCGGAGGGUGUGGCAAUGGGAGGGAAGAAGGGAGAGGAGAGGUGGUUGAAGGAUGGGGAUGUGGUGGAGGUUGAGCUCGAGGGUGUGGGUGUGUGUAGGAACAAGGUGGUGUUUGAAGGCGUGGGUGAGCCGAAGUUGUAGAGCUGUAGAUGUUUGUAUCAUACAUAUAAUCCGAGACGUCGCCAUAUAUCCGGAA